AUUUUACAAUGGGUCUGAACCCGGACCCAAACGGAGUGUCCUGUAACGGAACUGUUUGUGGUGACGGUAUCUCGGGACUGUUCAUUGAGGUCUCUACAGUUUACCUAGCGGUGCUAUCACUCGGAAUCACAUUCGGAAACGUUUUAACCGUUUCCUCUCUGUGGAAAAAUAGCAUGAUGUGCAAGGAGACAUACUUUUCCAUUCUGUCGCUGGCGGCUUCCGACUUCCUCGUUGGUGUGGUGACAAUCCCGUCUUAUAUUGCAUGGUUGUACUCGAGCCUGGUGGAGCUCGGACGGAACUUGUGUCUGAUGAUUAUUGCCAGUGCCCUCUUUCUGACCGUCGCCUCUAUCCUUAAUCUUCUGCUGGUGGGGACAGAGAGGUUCAUCGCUGUGUGUUUUCCCCUGACGCACUUGAAAAUCCGAGCCCACAGAACUCUGUUUUUAGUCUGUAUCUGCUCCGUCUGGUUGUGCAGCCUCCUUGUGACCUUGCUAUCGAUGAUGGCAGCUGAUUCAAACUUCAGCACUUGUGCGUAUUAUGCAAUAUUUGACGACGUUUUUCUUGUUAGCGCCAUAUCGUCCGGGGUAUUCCUCCCCCUGAUUUUAUUGUCAAUAAUGUAUGCGUGUAUUCACUACAAAAUAAAACAGCACUAUAGAUUCGUCUCCACAUCUUCCAAGACAUCAGGAAGCUCCAGUUAUAAAUCCCUGGAAAUCGCGCGAACCAAGGCGUCCUUUAAAACUACCAAGACGAUGGCGCUGGUACUGGUGUGUUUCGCUCUUUGCUGGGGGCCACUGUUUGUGACGAUGCUUUUGAAAAGUGUCUGUCCGUGGUGUCAUCUCCCCUGGGUCGCUAAUGAGGUGAUUUUACUCCUGGGCUUUACUAACUCCUUUCUGAACCCCAUUAUUUACUCCCUCCGACACAAGACAGCCAGGACACACAUGGUUAACAUCUUCUACAAACCCUGCGAGUUAUUACACUCAACAUCUUUCAUCACUAGACGUCCACAGAUUGUAUAAGGCCUGACCUUUCAUCACUAGACGUCCACAGAUUGUAUAAGACCUGACCUUUCAUCACUAAACGUCCACAGAUUGUAUAAGGCCUGAUAUUUCAUCACUAGACGUCCACAGAUUGUAUAAGGCCUGACCUUUCAUCACUAGACGUCCACAAAUUGCAUAAGGCCUGAUAUUUCAUCACUAGACGUCUACAGAUUGUAUAAGGACUGAUCCAUCAUCAUAAGACGUCCAUAGAUUGCAUAAGACCUGAUCUGAAUCGCGGCAGAUAACAAGCAUCCCAGUGUUUCAAUGAUGAGAGCCAAAGUAUUAACAAUUAAUGAAUCUCAAAUCCUAAUUCAACCGUAUUUACCCUCAAGUAACGAUAGUGAUGAUUGUUUGAAGUUGUAUUCUAGUGACAUGUGAUGGUAGGUUGAAGUUGUAUUUCUGUAACAUGUGAUGAUUUUUUAAAAAAAAUUGUAUUUCAGUGACAUGUGAUGAUUUAUAAAGUUGUAUUUCAGUGACACGUGGCUGUAUUUUAGUGACGUGAUGGUUUUUUGAAAUUGUAUUUCAGACUUUUCAGUGACAUGUGAUGAUUUAUAAAGUUGUAUUUCAGUGACACGUGGUUGUGUUUAGUGACAUGUGAUGGUAGGUUAAUUGGAGUUGUAUUUCAGUGACACGUGGCUGUAUUUUAGUGACGUGGUGGUUUUUUGAAAUUGUAUUUCAGACUUUUCAGUGACAUGUGAUGAUUUAUAAAGUUGUAUUUCAGUGACACGUGGUUGUGUUUAGUGAUAUGUGAUGGUAGGUUAAUUGGAGUUGUAUUUCAGUGAUACGUGGCUGUAUUUUAGUGACGUGAUGGUUUUUUGAAAUUGUAUUUCAGUGACAUGUGAUGAUUUAUAAAGUUGUAUUUCAGUGACACAUGGUUGUGUUUUAGCGAUAUGUGAUGGUAGGCUUAUUGGAGUUGUAUUUUAGUGACACGUGAUGGUAGGCUGAUGUACUUCAGUGGCACGUGACAAAACAGGAGUUACAGUAUUUGAUAACAGGUGUUUAUGACUUAAGUCAUCUCAAACUCUGUAAUUAAAUAGACAAAUCUUUAAUAUUUUUAUUUAUCUUACUCUUAUAUUUAUAUAUGUUAAAGACAGGGUCACAAGGUAAAGUAGUUUGUAUAACUAAUUAUGCAAUCUGUAUCAAUAAAAGAUAUUAUUAUAU